AAUUGAUAGUGUAAGACAAAAUUGUGUUUUGCCGAAAUUUGUAGGUCCUACAAUUUCUGUUAAGGACGAGCAUGGUAUACCUCCGCCUAAUGCUAUAUCUAGUUCAGGCAAGGACGUUGACAUGAAAGGUUCUUUGGUUUCCUUAUCAGACUUGUUUAAUAAAUCUAGUGCCUAG